AUGGAGAAGGAAUAUCCUGAAGAUGGUGAGGCUUUGCCCCCCGAAUUGAAUCAGGUCAAAGAGCAAAUCGAAAGAGAAAGAUUUCUGCAUAUUAAUGAAAAAUUCGAUUUCAUAUGCAAACCGAGUGUGGCUACUCAUGCUUUACAGCAUCAAUUGCUUGCCUUGACUCGGUGCAAUAGAGAGGGUAAUAAUGGAAGAGACAACAAUAUGCUUUCUUCGAGAAUAAAAACACCACUCCAUCAUUUCGAUGGCUUCUCUUAUGAUUCUCACGAAGCAGAUGUUCCUGUUGAAUUACCAAGUGUCAAUUUUCCAUUUGUUAGGCAGCUACCUCGAUCCAUUACCUGGGCUUUCGUGGAUAGUAAUCAGCUAAUGGCUGAAAGUGAUUCUGUGAUUGGUAAGAAACAAAUCCACUAUGUGGAUGGUGAGGCAGUAGAAUUGAAGAGCGACAACGAAACAAAUGAAGAAGAUGAAGAAGAAACCGAGAACGAAAAACUCGAAUUUUCAGAAGAUGUAGAUCGGCUUAUAUGGAAGAUUGGGCAGGAACAUAGUUUGGAUGAUCUGGUGGUGCAGAGUGCUCUCUCCAAGUUCCUCGAAUUAGAUGUUUCAGAUAUUUUGGAGAGAUACAAUGAACUGAACAAGCUUAAGAAGGAAGAAAAUAUUGUGGAAGUUUUUGAUAAGAGCAUAGUUACUUGUUUUACGGAGACUACUAAUAGGCUUUUUUGCCGUCGUUGCUUGAUAUAUGACUGUCAUUUGCAUGAAGAAUAUCAGCCUGUGAUGAAAACUAGAGAAAAAUAUAAUUUGAUCGAGAAUAUUGAAGAUGUUACAAAACAAUGCAGUGAGCAUUGUUACCUCAAGCCAAGGAGUGACACAGAGGAUGAUCAUGUGGCGGAUAAUGAUAACUCUAUAUCAAACAUGAAAGGAAAGGAUGUGGUCUCAGAUACAAACACAGAAACUGAAAAGUGUUGGACGCCUGUGGAGAAGGAUCUAUACUUAAAAGGAGUUGAAAUCUUUGGGAGAAACAGUUGUCUUAUUAGGAAAAACCUACUUGAUGAGUUUAAGACGUGUUUAGAGGUUUACAAUUACAUGCGUGAGCAAGAUCCAUGUACUAUGUUACUAGAACGUAACGAAACAGACAAUCGGUUUAAUAAAGAAGUAUCUCGGAAAAAAGCAAGGUUGGUCCGGAGAAAGGCAAGACUCCAAAAGUAUGCUUGUAAUCCGCCUGCUUUUAAAAAGGGAUUAACAAAUGAGACGUAUAAGCAGUACACACCCUGCACUUGCGAGCCAUUAUGUGGAGAUCAAUGCCCUUGUUUAACUAUUGGUAAUUGCUGCGAGAAAUAUUGCGGGUGUCCAAAGAUUUGCAACAAUCGUUUUGGAGGAUGUAACUGUGCAAAGGGUCAAUGCAUAAACCGACAAUGUCCUUGCUUUGCGGUUUCUCGUGAAUGCGAUCCAGAUAUUUGUCGGAGUUGUUGUCUUAGCUGUGGAGAUGGCUCUCUUGGUGAGAAAUUACAGACGAGCCAAUGCAAGAACAUGAAAUUCCUCAUUAAAGAAAAUAAGAAGAUUCUUCUGGCAGAGUCUGAUGUUCAUGGAUGGGGUGCAUUUACACCGCACUCUCUUAAAAAAAAUGAGUUUCUGGGAGAAUAUACUGGGGAAUUGAUCUCUCAUGAUGAAGCAAAUGAACGUGGAAAAGGAGAUUUUAAGCUUGGUUAUUCCUACCUCUUUACCCUGAAUGAUCAGUUCGUCAUUGAUGCUCGCCGUAAAGGAAACAAGUUUAGAUUUCUCAAUCACUCAGCAACACCUAAUUGCUACGCCAAGUUGAUGAUCGUGAGAGGAGAUCAUAGGAUUGGACUAUUUGCGGCUAAAGCUAUCGAAGAAGGUGAGGAGCUUUUCUUCGACUAUGGCUAUGGACCAGGACAUUCGGAUUGGGCUCGUAGUGCUGAACCUAGAAAGAGUGAUAAACGUAAAAAGAGUGGUGGCUCUAAAAAGUUCUCUAAGAACAUCGGUCCAUCAGAAUCUGAUGAAAAGCGAUGUCGCUAG